UGAACGGAGCGCCACCGGCAUUCCCCCCCACCCCGUCCCGUUAUCGCCUAUCGUAAGACACCGCAGUGCAGGAGAGACAGCUGGUGCUACAGGACACGCUGCCUACCGUCCAGUGGUCGAGUGGUUUCUUCACUUUGAAGUAAAAGGUGCGGUGAUAUCGGCCAGUGUUACUUAUUCGAGAAGGAAAAAUAAGUCAUAUAAUGGAGACGGAGAUACACGUGCCCGUGGGCUCGCCGGUAAUAAGAAAAUUCCCAAUAUAUGUGGAUGAGCACAACGUUACAGACGGAGCUCUGCGCCUGAUCAAGGAGCUGCGGCCAGCCUGGGACACCAGCCUUGUGAAGACCAAGCUUUUCACCGACGGUACAACCAACAAACUUGUGGGAUGUUACGUGGAGGAGAGUCCGGAGGACGUGGUGCUAGUGAGGGUGUAUGGCAACAAGACGGAGCUGAUCGUGGACCGUGACAACGAGCUGAAGAGCUUCCAGGUGUUGCAUGCCAAUGGCUGCGCCCCACGCCUUUACUGCACCUUCCACAACGGCAUCUGCUACGAGUUCAUGCAGGGCGACGCCCUCGGCACGCAGGACGUUCGGGACCCCGUGCUGCUUAGGCUUAUCGCUGGAGAGAUGGCUCGCAUCCAUGCCAUCCACGCCCACAAUGGCUGUGUCCCCAAACCCAACCUGUGGAUUAAGAUGCGCAAGUAUUUCUCCCUGGUAGCCACCGAGUUCACCGACCAGGCCUCCAACGCCAGAAUCCGAGAGGAAGUCCCCAGUAAGGAAGUGCUGGAGGAGGAGAUGGCCUGGAUGCAGCAGCACCUGUCACAGCUGGGCUCACCUGUGGUCCUCUGCCACAACGACCUGCUCUGCAAAAACAUCAUUCACAACGUGAAGGAAGGUUACGUUCGGUUCAUUGACUACGAGUACUCAAGCUAUAACUACCAGGCCUUUGACAUCGGGAACCACUUCAACGAAUUUGCAGGUAUGAGCCAGCUGGACUACAGUUUGUACCCCAGCCGGCAGAUGCAGCUGGACUGGCUCCGCACCUACCUGAAGACUUACAAGCUCUUUACCAAGAAGGGGGCAGAUGUGAGCGAGCAGGAGCUGGAGGCCCUCUACGUGCAGGUCAACAAGUUCUCCCUGGCAUCACACUUCUUCUGGGGUUUCUGGGCUCUUAUCCAGGCCAAGUACUCGUCUAUCGACUUUGACUUUCUCGGGUAUGCUGUGCUGCGUUUUAAUCAGUACUUUAAGACCAAGCCCAUGGUAAUGACCCUCAAGAUCCCGGAGUGAGAGGAAGGGAGCACUGGCACGCUGACACUUUGACCCUGGAAUCAAAGGCACUUUUCACCGGGGGGGAGGGGCUUGGGGUACAGCGAGGGCAGGUACGCAGGUGAAUUUGAAAGGCAGACGUGUCUUUCCAACCAGUUGGCUAGAACCAGUCUUCGGUCAUUCGGUAGUGACAAACUCAGUCUGCCUUUUGUGUCUUUACUUCUGGUCUGUCAAGAUUCCACCACAUUAUGCACUUCUGUUUGGGGCGGGGUGGGGUUUAGCUAUUUAUUUAAUUUUGUUUCCCAUUUUUACUUUCAAUUGUAGUUACCUAAACUUUCCUGUGACUUUCCACCAUAAACAGAUAACAACGUACUGAGCAGAUGACCCCAUGCGAGUAGAACUGUUUUAAGAUUGCCAUGGGCUUUUCUGCGUGCGAGCGAGAGAGUGCAUGCACACCUGGCAGCCUAUUCUAAAAGGUGUUUGACAGUGCAGUGACCAUAUCGGCAACUUUCCUGAGCAGAACCAAGACUGCCGCGUUGACUCCUGCUGCCUCCCAAACUUUAAAGACAGUAAGCCACACCGGACGUAGCUCUUAUAAAGGUGCGGUGAGCCUGGCCAACGCUUUUCUGCCUGAGGGGCAGGGAGCCUUGCGGUAUUCCAUGCCCUUCCCAGGUCCGUGCUUCUUUUAUGGUAAUGAGCAGCUCUGCACAGGUGGUGGAAACUCCCAGCUUCUCACCCCUCAGCCCUCUCACCCUUCACCUUUGUAUCGCCUGGCCAUCGCCAUACUGGCUGACUAAAAAAAAAAAAAAAAAGCGUCAUCCACUCUGUCCUUGACUUGUUUUUUCUAAUGUGUAAUCUCUCGCUACACCUGUCCAACAGUGUCCAAGCUGCCCGGCAAUUUCCUCAAAAGAGGAAAACGAAAAGGUUAAUAAAAGGAUGUUGCAUGAAUUGAUCCAGGUGAACAGAUGUUAAGUCUUUGGAAUGUCUUCUCAAACAUUCUCAUCUUUCUCAAACAUUAGAUCCAUGGUUACCGUUUCUAUGGCGUCAGACAAACGUAACUCCACUUGGGCUGAUGGACCUCUCACUGCCAUCUGUGCAAGUACCAGAUUUGAAAUGGUCUUCCUUGUUGGAGGCCUUUCAUGGCUUUGUUAGUACCUUGUCUAAGUGCCCUUUCUGUCCUCAGUAUCUAUGUUCUUUCAUGUUUCUCCUAUGUGUUUGCACAUAAUGGCUUUAAACCAUUGGUAUAAUGGUCUAACCAUUUCAUCCAUCUUCUAACCAAGCCUCACAGACUGGGCAGCAGCAAAGCUCAUUGUUGAACUCUUUCCGAGAGCUCAUCUCCAGUGUGAAUUAAUGUAAUUAUUGCGUUUGAUUGUAUAAUUAAUCCCGAUGUAACCUUGGUGUGCGUUAGUCAAGUCCAUGCUAAACCUCGCGUUCCCCUCGCGCCGCGUUCUGAGCCGCUUUCAGAGUCAUCUUGCACUGGAGCUCCUUCCAGCACCUCCCAACCUCCAUGUCCUCCUCCUCCUCCUCAUCCCCAGCUUACUCAACCCCCACACCAUUUUCAAACCUGCACAAAGACCCUGGUUUUAAAGGGUCUCUUUCAGGCGUCUCUGGGCUGGAGCUAGCCAUGGAUGUCCUGCCUACCUGCUGCUGAGGACUCCUAAGCCGCGUCACUGGUUAAUAAUGAAACGGCUGAAGCCCCAGGCAACAACCGGAGCCCAGAGGCCUCUUGGCAACAGCAUGAAUAAUUUUGUAGCUGGUGAGUCACUAAUGCUCCCAAACGGCCCUGGAUCUGCCACUAGAGUUUAGUGCAGCUCAACGUUCUCUCGCCUUCUGCAAACAAAAGCGUGCGGAAAUGGCACGUUUUAUGAUGGGAAGCUUUGCAGUUUGUUUUUUAUGAAAUGUUCCAUGAAUGCUGUGUGCCGAGUGUCUUGAUAUCUUUAGAAUUCCUCAUCAGGGUCACUGGAGUCCAGAUUCACGAUGAGGUUUCCAUGUAAACAUGCCAGUGUGACUUGGGUGUUCCUGGUCAAUGUCCAGCAUACGCUUACACCUACCGAAAGUUACACUGUGCGUGCGUGUGUGUGUAUGUAUUGAAGGAAGAACCAAAAACAGCUGUAACAACUAACAAAGGUGUAAUUGGGGUGUCAAGUAGAGGUUCUUUUAAUGUUGUUUUUUCUUUGGCUCCUUUCCAGCUAAUGCUAAGGGAUUCCUGCCUGUUGACACUUCAUUGUCUGGUGUUUCCUUGUGGUGAGGAGUGUUCUGGAAGUACAUUGUGAAUUCAGUGUCUUGAAGGUCCAAACCUUGAAGGUUUUUUGGGAUGCCAACAUGUACCUGAAAUAGCACUGUUCUGGUAGUGUUUAGAACCUACUCUGCUUACAGUUUUAAAUGAUCUGGUAAGCAUUUCUUUUCUGUGACUGACUGUUGGAAGGAACGUUUACAGAUGUCAUUUAUAUUUUCCCCUGAUCUUCUGUCUUCUGAACAUACCAAAUGAUUUUUUUUCACUGCUUGCAGUUUUGAGAUUAUGUUGUGAAUGUACUGAUCUGACUUGAAACGAUGUACAUAUAACAUUGUGUUUUCCUUAAUGUCUGUAGGCAUAUAUAUAUUUUAACUUUUUGUACUUGCAGUUGCCUGAAUUG